GAUCACGUGCGCGGGGGAAGCCAUGGAGCGGGAGGACGGGGCGGCGGGAGCGGGGUUCCCCUUCUCGCCCGCUGACUCCUGUCCCGCUCGGUCGCCGGCGAAGUUUGCGGCUGACCCCGCAGGAGCAGCAGCCAUGGCGGCGGUGUCCUCCUACGAGAGCUUGGUCCAUGCCGUGGCCGGGGCUGUGGGCAGUGUGACUGCAAUGACAGUAUUUUUUCCUUUGGAUACAGCUAGACUUAGACUUCAGGUUGAUGAGAAACGCAAGUCCAAGACAACUCACACAGUGCUACUGGAGAUAAUCAAAGAAGAAGGCCUCCUGGCACCAUAUCGAGGGUGGUUCCCUGUUAUUUCCAGCCUCUGCUGCUCCAAUUUUGUCUAUUUUUAUACAUUUAACAGUCUCAAAGCUCUCUGGGUCAAAGGCCAACAUUCAACCACAGGAAAAGAUUUGGUCUUGGGGUUUGUUGCAGGUGUCGUGAACGUACUCUUGACCACUCCACUCUGGGUCGUGAACACACGACUGAAACUGCAGGGAGCAAAGUUUAGAAAUGAAGAUAUUGUACCAACCAACUACAAGGGCAUUGUGGAUGCCUUUCAUCAGAUAAUAAGGGAUGAAGGAGUCUUGGCUUUGUGGAAUGGUACUUUCCCCUCCUUGCUGCUGGUCUUCAAUCCUGCCAUACAGUUCAUGUUCUAUGAAGGGUUUAAACGAAAGCUUUUGAAGACACGACUGCAG